CAUUAUUUUAUGUAGAAUCGUCUGUUUUAUCUGUAUAGAGCACGUAGUAUUUCCGGCUGUUUGUGUUCUAUUUUUAUAUUUAUUCAUUUUAAAUCUUUUCGACGUGUUUAAAAUUUUAUCAGAGAAAUGUCAGGUCUAAGCCAACAUCCUCUUGUUUCUAAAGCUGAAGAAGUAGCCGAUGAGGUGCUUCGACGAACCAAAACAAUUUUGCCAACUCUUGCAAGGCUCUGUCUCAUUUCCACAUUCCUUGAAGAUGGCAUCCGUAUGUACUUCCAGUGGAAUGAGCAAAGAGAAUAUAUGGACAUUUCUUGGGGAUGUGGUAAAUUCUUAGCCACAAUGUUCGUCAUAAUCAACCUCUUUGGCCAACUUGGUGGUUGUUUCAUGGUCCUCCUUCGUUGGAAGGUUGAUAUUGCCUGUGCCCUACUUUUUGGCAUUGUCUGCAUGCAGACGGUAGCUUACAGCAUAUUAUGGGAUCUUCAGUUUCUGUUCCGCAAUUUGGCUCUGAUUGGAGCUCUCCUACUUGUUCUUGCUGAAAGUAGGCAAGAGGGCAAGUCUCUUUUUGCUGGUGUUCCUACUCUGGGUGACAACAAACCAAAGAGCUAUCUCCAGCUAACAGGCAGAAUCCUGUUGGUCUUCAUGUUUGCAACACUGCUCCGUGUAGAAUUUUCAUUCAUGCAGAUUCUCCAAAAUGUUGUGGGCUCUGUUCUUAUGUUGCUUGUCACAGUUGGCUACAAAACCAAGUUGUCAGCAUUAAUUUUGGUUGUUUGGCUUACUACCUUGAAUUUCUAUUUGAACUGCUGGUGGACCAUCCCUGGUUAUAAGGCGAUGCGCGAUUUCUUGAAAUAUGAUUUCUUCCAGACUCUUUCCGUCAUUGGCGGUUUGAUGAUGGUUGUUUCGCUAGGACCUGGUGGAGUCUCUAUGGACGAACACAAGAAGAAAUGGAUCAUCAACUGUUAAAGAUGUCUAGUACCA